UUUUUUUUUUUUUUUUUUGCAUCGAUCGUUCUGAUUAGCCGAUUAGCAGAGACGGAGUUCGGUUUAUCUUCGCGCUUCAGCAGAAGUGUUUAGUUUGUGCAUUCGCUGCACAUUAUUCAUGUCUAUAUAACGGCCUGGUUUGACUAACACUAGUUAAAGCGCUCGCUGAGUUAGCUGAGCGCUGUUUAGCGCUGCUACCUAGCGUUAGCUUCGGCUGUAAACAAACCGUCUGCGGUUCAAACUCCGACUUGGCUUUGGUGUGGAUGAAAAUGUCGUCGUUCUCGGAGUCCGCGCUGGAGAAGAAGCUGUCGGAGCUGAGCAGCUCUCAGCAGAGCGUCCAGACUUUGUCUCUGUGGAUCAUCCACCACCGAAAACACUCCAACCUCAUCGUCAGAGUUUGGCACAGAGAGCUGAAGAAAGCCAAAAGCAGCAGAAAGCUGACGUUCCUCUAUCUGGCCAAUGAUGUCAUUCAGAACAGCAAGAAGAAAGGACCAGAGUUCACCAAAGACUUUGAGUCUGUUCUGGUUGAUGCCUGCUCCCAUGUUGCCAGUGAAGCAGAUGAGAGCUGCAAAAAGCACAUGGAGAGAUUGCUAAACAUCUGGAAGGAGAGGAACCUGUACAGAGGUGACUUUAUUCAGCAACUCAAACUGGCCAUAGAAGACUCCAACAGCCCCAGACCUUCAGAAGAGAAGAAACCUGUAAAACGAACCUAUCAGAAGAUCCAGGCAGAUGAAGACGAUGAGGAUGAUGACUACAGGAGCCACAUCUCCCCUCACAACACGGACACCUCAGCAGCUCAGCUGACAGAGGAGCUGGUAAAGGCCCUUCAGGACCUGGAGAACGCUGCAUCGGGUGACGCUGCUGUUCGUCAGAAGAUUGCGUCGCUGCCUCAGGAGGUUCAGGAUGUGUCCUUGCUGGAGAAGAUCACUGCAGACAAAGAAGCAGCAGACAAGCUGUCGAAGACAGUGGACGAAGCCUGUCUCCUGCUGGCGGAGUAUAACGGCCGCCUGGCGGCAGAGCUGGAGGACCGGCGGCAGCUGGCCCGCAUGCUGACAGAGUACAUCAGCAGCCAGAAGGAGGCGCUCAUGGAGAGGGAAAAGAAAUUAGAGGAGUAUAAGCAGAAACUGGCUCGGGUGACCCAGGUGAGGAAAGAACUGAAGUCUCACAUCCAGAGCCUCCCUGAUCUGUCCCUCCUGCCCAACGUCACGGGCGGUUUGGCCCCGCUGCCCUCGGCCGGAGACCUUUUCUCCACUGACUGAGGAGUCUCACAGAUCACCACGACCUUCCUCCAGAAAUCCCCCAUAAACUGUUUAAUCCACAAAACAAGUUCUCUGCAGCGUCUUCGGCCGUGAGACACACGCGGUCGGAUCUAUCCACAACCGCGUGUUGACUCAAAGCUGCGGGACGAGUGGACAGCGAGAGGUUGAGUGAAAUCAGAAACACUGCAGAGAGCACAAACUGUCAGCCGCGAUUUCUCCUCUUCAGUCAGAAAACAACUUAGAAUAGAUUCGUUUUUAACUUUUUUUUUUUGUUUUUUAAAGCAGGCGGUGGUUUAGAUGGACAGGUAGGACAAAGAAGCAAAAUGAGGACAGAAAAUGUUCUUGUCAAAUUGGAUUUAGGCGCAUAUGUUUGCUGAGAUGUUACAACUACACUGUGAAACCGAUGUACCAUUCAUUACUUUUAGGUUUUGGCUUUUUUAUUGACAGUUAGUUUUGUGGCUUUGAUGUGUGUGUGUCAUCAAAGGUGAUGUCAUAAGGGUUCAGUGUGAGCUGGGAUUUGGUUAUCUGACAAUUCCCACUGGAUUAAACAGGUUUUGUUUGACU